CAGCUCAACUGAAAAGCUGUGACGAGGAACUCCAUUCUGGACGACCUAAUUCCCCCAAACGCUGGAGACCACCAUCCGCUAAACGAGGUCUGUACGAAGAAGAGGGCCCAGUAAAAAUGCCCGCUACCUGAGGUCAUGUACCUAUACGGCUGCGUGCCGUUCGUGGAGGGCAUCGGGCCUGUGCCGCAGCCCCUCGCCUGCGCCUAUCUGCCGGCUCCCCUGCUGCGGCUGCCGCCCAUCCAGACCCACAACUUCUGCAGCCGGCCGGUGAGCCUGCCCGCGGCCGAGCGCACGGGCGCGCGAGAGUUCCACUGCUUCUACGGCGCGGGCGCGGCCCCGCCGCCCUGGUGGGCCUGCCCGCCGCCCUGGGCCGGGGCGCUGGGCUCGCCGUUCCCCGCCGCGGGCGCUCCGGGGCCGUCGCAGCAGCAGCAGCAGCAGCAGCAGCAGCAGCAGCAGCAGCAGCAGCAGCGGGCAACGGCGGGCGACCGCUGCGCGCCGUGGCCGGAGGGCGGCAGCGUGCAGGCCGAGCUGCGCUGGGGGCGCGUGGAGCGCACGCGGGGCCCGCGCCUGCCGCUGCCGGACGUCGUACGCCGCGAGCUGCGGCGCGCGUACGGCACGUACCCGCGCACCGACGUGCGCGUCACUCACCGCGGCGGAGAGUUCCUGCUGCAAGCCGCUCCGCGCGCGGGCGAGCCCGAGUACCGGGUACGCAGGCGCGUGCUGCGCCGGCCCGGCAGCAGCGAUAGCGGCGGCGGCGGCGGCGGGGUCGCCCCGCCAAGAAGAGGAGAGAGCCGAGCUGAGCGCGCCGCGGGGCCUGGCGCGGCCCGGUGA